AUUUAUCCGAUUGAUCAACCCAAAAUUCAACCUUUUGUAUCAAUCAACCCAACUUAAUUCAAUCUUUAAUAACUACACAGCUUUUCAAUAAAUUAUAAUUCAAUAUGCCUCGUCCGCAAUCUAAGAUAGACGAAUAUAAAGAUGAGAUUAUCGCCCGAUGGUCUAUUGGUGAUUCAAUUGAAGCUAUUACUGAAUGGCUAUCCCACCUUAUUCCAAUCUCACAACGGACCUUAGAAAGAAGACUCAAAACCUGGGAUCUUCACCGACACUCUCGUACAACAGUUACUCCUCAAACUUUAGACUUCAUUCGAUAUCUUGUCUUUCACCAUGGAUAUAAUGAUAAAUCAAUCCUUCGAGAACUUUCUCGCGAAGGUGUAGAUUUAAGCCCUAGAGGUUUACAGGUCGUACGACUUAGGCAUAAUAUAAAAAGGAGAUAUCGUACGGAUGAAGAACGCAAUGAGGUUCUGCUUCAAGCUCAGAACUUCAUGGAAAAUGCCGCCCAAUAUAGCUCAUCGAUACAGUAUUAUGGAAUAUCUGACCUAUAUAAAUUCAUGCAAACACGAGCUGGUAUCCUUGUCGGACGAAACCGGAUAUAUCAGAUCUAUAAAGAUAUAUAUCCAGAGCAUGUACAAAGAAGACGCGAAGCUGGUUGGAACCAUCGUACGGAGUUUCAAGUCCCAGGACCUAACUGGCUUUGGUCUUUAGAUGGUUAUGCUAAACUCUCAGAUUUUGGAUUCCAGAUCUACGCGUGCAUAGAUGCGUAUUCUAGCUUAAUCAUCUGGAUUUAUGUAGGGCGAUCAGCAACUACUGCUAUGAGUAUAUUAAAGCAAUUUCUUCGUACGGUAAUGGCAGGAGAAGUUCGGCCAUGUUUUACUAGAGCCGAUCAUGGUAUAGAGACUCCUUUAUGGGCUGGUGCCCAAGCUACUCUAGCAGAAGCCGGUCAAACAGAGAUAUCGUACGAAGAUGAAGAAGGUAAUACUCAUAUUCAUCGCCAGGGAAACCGGCUAUCGUCUGUUCAUCUAUGGGGGCCUAGUACGAAAAAUAUCAAAAUAGAGUCUUGGUUUCGGCCCUUUCGAGAAGGAGCUAUUGAUCGUUGGAUUGCUUUUAAAACUGAGCUCAUACAUAAUGGUCUAUUUGUUCCGGCCGAUCCUAUUGACCAAAUAGCUGUAUAUGCUAUAUAUGGCCCUAUGAUUCGAAAGGAAUUUGCUGAAUUGGUGGAUAUCUGGAACAGCCAUCGCAUCCGGAAACAGAAGAAUAGACCUCACGUACGACCAGGAAUCCCUUAUGAUUUAUAUAAUACGGAAGAAGUUGCCAAUUGGGGGAUUCCUGUUGAAAAAGGCAGUGCUGCGUACGAAGCUGCUCAAGUUAUGGCUCAGCCUUUGGACAAUAUUGAAACAGAUGAGUUUAUGACCCCUGAAACAACAGAAUGGUGCGAAAAGCAGCUAGAAGGGAUAGGCUUUGAUGGCCGGCUGUUAACAGAAGAUCACCUACGGCCACAUCUUGGAACUUAUAUUAAGCUUCGAGAUAUCGUACGAAGGCAUGCUCUAUCAAGGGAAUUACCUCAUCUUGAGCUGAUUGGCACUCCUGUUGGUAGCACCGAGAAAUAUAUCAAAUUACUCGAGCUACUUCAACAAAACCACCCUUUCUUUUCGCACGAUAACCUACGCGGGGAUGAGCUACCUCAAGGGAUAGUUAAUGCAGUUCAACAAAUGCAGGAAGAAACGGACGAUCUUGAGGAGUAAUUGUAUCUAGCUAGCUUCGUACGAGAAAUAAAAGGAAAAGAUUCAAUCUAGUAUAUACAAAAGAGAUAUUUCAAGUCUAAUAUCUAACGCUUUCUAGAAGCCAUGGCAGGCGUUGUACGGUAAAAGAUGGGGGUAUUGAAGAUAUUGGCUUUGGCCAGUCCCAGCCAGCGCUGUUGCUGCCGGCCCCGGACGAAGAAUAAGAAGAAAAAAGCUAUUCUCAAUUGAAUAAGAAUAUAGGAC